UUUAUUGGAUCCCCAGCGAUCAUACCCCGGCUUCAUUCUCGUGGGGGGAAGUAAGGAGUCAGAAAUAAGGCCUGAAGGCCUGACGCUUAGGACUGGGGGCCAGAGAGUUAAGAAUAGUUCGUUCCCUUUGUGCAUCAAGUCAGCUCAUGCUAUACGGUCAUAAUAGCAACAUUUUGAAAACAUGGGUGAAUCCUCCCUCGUGUCCAAAACAGCCACGCAGGAUGAAAUCCUAGAUUUGGUCCUGCGCAUGGAACAGGCCCCAGAGGCUUUGAAGGCUCAUUCAAUCGAUGGUCUCACCCAUGGCCGUCUACUUGCUGCGGCUCGUCAGCUUGUUGCGGCGUUAGAGACGCCGGAGACUGAACUCAUGAAUAUUGCAAAAGCGCCUGUGGCAAACGCUGUUUUGCGAACAGCAUUCAAAAUAAAUCUCUUGGAGAAAUUCGAUGACAGCGAGGUGACGGCGAGCGAGCUCGCAAGUAGAACGAAUGUCGAUCCCCUACUACUUGUCCGGAUAAUGCGAACUCUGGUAUCGUUGGGAAUAUUCAUCGAGCCAAGACCAGAGGUAUACACGCACAGCGUUCGCUCUAAGACGCUAACAAACGUAAAGAUCCGGGCUGUCGUCCGAGGAAUGGCCGAAACGGCAACCACCAUGUCGUCACUCCCCGAGUAUCUCUCGUCUAUCAAUUACGAGAGCCCUGCUGAUCAUCAGCCGUCUCUGUUCGGAUACGCAAGGGACACCGAAAAGACGAUGUUUGAGUGGCUAGAGACCCAGCCAGAGCAGCGAAGGAUCUUCGCGGACUUUCAAUCUGCCACGUCUGAGAACUCACACCAUCGCUUGAAGCCUUUCUUGCAGGAGGUGCUGUCACAGACUCAUAUGGGUUCGGAAGUAGCGUUUGUUGAUGUCGGUGGGGGACGAGGGGCUACGUUGCGUGAGGUCUGUAGGACAUUAUCACCUCCUCCUACGGGUCGAGUUGUCCUGCAGGAUUUGCCCAAGGUUGUUGAAGGGCUUGGGACAGAGGAUGGAGUGGAGGCUAUGCCGUAUAGCUUUUUGGAUCCGCAGCCGGUAAAGGGGGCGACAAUCUACUUCUUCCGCCAUAUAUUGCAUAAUUGGCCUGAUACUGUAUGCCACCAGAUUCUCAAGAAUACGAUCUCUGCCAUGAGUCCCAACUCGCGGAUCAUUAUGAUCGAUAUGGUCAUCCCAAACAGACAUCCAUCAGUAUGAUGGCGUUUGGGGGCAUGGAACGCACUGAGACUCAAUGGCGAACGCUACUUGAGCAGGCUGGACUGCAAGUGCACAAAGUCGAGUCUAUGGAUUCGUCUUCGACAACAUCGGACUGCGUGAUCGAGGCGUGUUUGCCUUAGUUUCAAAGUGUUUGAAUUGGGCGAUGAUCAAUUG